AUGACCAACAGAUCCGUCAUUUUCUUUGGCUUCCGUGGAUUCCUGGACUUUCGUUCAAUGUUCCUCGAUGAAUAUCACGACCGUCUCUUCAUUGGAGCCAAAGACACCAUCUACUCCAUCCAGCUGGACCGGCACAUGGAUCGGGAUACCAAAGAGAUUUACUGGCCGCCCCUGUCUGGUCAGAGGGAGGAAUGUGCUCUCAAGGGAAAGGACCCCUUCACUGAAUGUGCGAACUACGUCCGUGUGCUGCAUCCAUACAACAGGACACACUUACUGGCGUGUGGAACAGGAGCCUUUGAGCCUGUGUGUGGCUUUGUGAAUGUGGGACACCGGGGAGAGCACAUGUUUGCGAUGGAGCCCGCCGGCGUGAGGAACGGACGUGGCAAGUGUCCGCAUGACCCCAACCGUCCGUUUGCCAGCACCCUGGUCGGUGGUGAGUUAUAUUCCGGACUGACCGCUGACUUCCUGGGAAGAGAUCCCGUCAUCUUCCGUAGCCUGGGGCCUCGCUCAGCCAUGAGAACUGAACUCGACCAACGUUUGCUGCAGGACCCUAAGUUCGUGGCUGCCCACCUGAUCCCGGACACGGACGACAAAGAUAACAACAAAGUCUACUUCUUCUUCACGGAGAAAGCCCUGGAGUCCGAGGGCAAGAGUCGCGCGGUGUACAGCAGGAUCGGUAGGGUCUGUGCUAAUGACGCUGGUGGCCAAAGGGUGCUGGUAAAUAAAUGGAGCACUUUCAUCAAAACCAGGCUGAUCUGCUCUGUGCCCGGCCCGGAGGGGAUAGACACUGACUUUGAUGACCUCGUGGACGUCUUUCUCCUGAGAACCAAGGAUGAGAAAAAUCCAGAAAUCUAUGGCAUUUUCAGUACGAUAAGCAAUGUUUUCCAAGGCUACGCUGUGUGCAUGUAUCGUAUGGCUGACAUACGGGAAGCCUUUAAUGGAGCUUAUGCACACAAGGAGGGGCCAGAUUACCAGUGGACAACAUACGAGGGCAAAGUGCCUUACCCGAGACCUGGAUUUUGUCCGAGUAAGAUCACCACUCAGCCCAGCCGACCAUAUAACAGUACCAAGGACUACCCGGACGACGUCCUACACUUUGCUCGUAGCCACCCCCUGAUGUUCCAGUCAGUGUACCCGGCAAAUCAGCACCCCGUCCUCAUCAAAACCAACCUCCAGUACAAGAUGACACACAUCGUGGUGGACCGCGUGGACGCCGAGGAUGGACAGUACGACGUCAUGUUCAUUGGAACAGAUACUGGAGUUGUGCUGAAGGUGAUUGCUCUGCGGAAAGGGAACGCGAUUAAGAGCGAGGAAGUGAUCCUGGAAGAGCUGCAGGUCUUCAAGGCACCAAACCCCAUCACAUCUCUGGAGAUUUCAGUGAAGAGACAACAACUGUAUGUUGGCUCCAGGGUGGGCGUUGCCCAGGUAAAGCUACAUCAGUGUGAGACGUAUGGGAAUGCAUGUGCAGAGUGCUGUCUGGCCAGAGACCCAUACUGCGCCUGGGAUGGAACCUCCUGCACCAGAUACCAACCCACAGGAAAAAGACGUUUCCGCAGACAAGACAUUUGGAAUGGUAACCCCGCCCAUCAAUGUCUGGAUCAGAGUCUGAAUGCAGACAGUUUUGACAGCGUGGAGGAGCGAGUGGUGUAUGGAACUGAGGACAACAGCACCUUCCUGGAAUGUGUCCCGAAAUCCCCACAGGCCACCGUGAGGUGGUUCAUACAGAGAGCUGUGGACGGCAUGAAAGAUGAGGUGAAAUUGGACGAGAGGAUAGUCAAGACUGAGCACGGCCUCUUGUUCAGGAAGAUUUACCGAAUGGAUGAAGGCACGUAUUACUGCAAGACCCUGGAGCAUGGCUUCACCCAGACGGUGACCAGAAUCUCGCUGGAGGUCAUCGAGAGCGAGCAGCUGGAGGAGCUCUUCAACCGGGAUGGCGAGGACUAUAGCAGCCGGCCAUGCGCCGCCCAGAGCCAGAGGCUCCACAGCCAGAAACCGUGGUUCAAGGACAUUAUGCAACUGAUCGGCUACGCCAACCUGCACCGGGUAGAGGAAUACUGCGAGAGGGUUUGGUGCAACGAGAAGCAGCGCAAACGCCGCAAAAUGAUGCUGAACAAGUGGAAGUUCAUGUCGUCCGGCGUGAAGAAAGGCAAGAGCAAACCCCGGCACCGGCGACCCAGACACGUCACUGACACAUAGAGCUGGCUCAACCUCUCCUCUCCCAACACUGCACCGGACUGAAGGACUGAGCUCCUGAGCCUUGUACAGGUCAAACAUUGCAAACAGAGUCAGGAAGAGGAACACUCAACACUGACAUUUCACAAGAAACGUUUUGGUCUGGGUAUUUGGGAGGAUUAAUCCAGAAUGUGAAGUACCUGCAAAUUACCAAGAAUUCUUUACAAGUUACAUUCCUCCCACACCACGCCUCACGUCUACAGAUGCAUCCCCACCACCGGCCCAUCCCGAAUACAACACAGACCAUAUCACUGAGAUUCCUUGUCCAAAUAAAACAUCAAACUAG